CCCUGCUCACCCUCUCCUCUCUUGCCUCACCCCUCUCUGGGUGCCAGUAGCUUCUAUUCAUGGAGCAGACAACAGUCACAGACCAACCGAGGAUGUCAGACACCAAAGCCUCAGCAUCAGCGUUUCUAGAGGAGGAAGUAGGGGGCUUCACCACUGGAAAUAAAGAUGACUUGAGGUCAAACAAUGUCCCUGCAGUGACAGACCCCGUACUCACACAGCCCGGCCUCGGCGUCACCACGACAACCAUUACCACCAUCACACAGACGGGAGGAGACUGGAGCACUGGCCUGUUUGACAUCUGCAGAGACAAGACUACAUGUGUUCUCGGGGCUAUGGUGCCGUGCUGUUUGGACCUGAGUUUAGCUCACCAGUAUGGUGAGUGUCUGUGCAUGCCUCUGCUGCCAGGAUCUACUUUUGCCAUGCGUGUUGGGAUCAGGGAGCGGUAUAAGAUUCGGGGAAGUGUGUGUGAGGACUGGACCACAGUGUGUUGCUGUUACCCUCUGGCUGUAUGUCAGAUGAUAAGAGAGAUGAAGUGGAGGAUGAAGACACAGACCUAUCAUGUGUCCACUGCCCUCGAAUGCUCCUGAAGAAACUCAAGACAGUCAAUGAGGCCUGGCCUUUUACAAUGAGACUUUUGAGGGUCCAACUGAGAGUACUGGUGUAUGUAUACCACAAAGAAUCAUUACUAUAAGGUUUUAAAUGCCCCUGGGGAUGACAAUGAAUCAAAGCUGUCCUACAACAUUUGAAGAAGACUGGAAAUAACUUUUUUAAACAGCAUAAAGAAUCCGAAAGUCUGAGUCAGUAUGAGCUUAAAACUGCCUCUGAGGUUUUAAGAUUGUAACUGAAACUUAAAAUUGCUGGUGGACUUCUAUUUAGAGAGGAUAUUAUGAAUAAACUUGGUACCAAUAUUUAUUGGUACACAGCACAUUCAUCAUUCACAGCUACAUUGUACAUCGAGUUGAGAGAAAAGCAGGUGGCAAGACACGCUUUUUUGGUUUCAGUAGCUGUCAAUGUCAGUAAACUGCACUAAACAUCUGCUACCACUCUGUCAGACAUCAGAAACUUUCAAAAACCAGCCAACUUUCUUUAAUUCUGAAUAUCUUUAUGUGCUCACACUUCAUUAUAUCCCUGAAAAGGCAGUACUCUAACUAUUGAAACUGAAGUAGCUUUUUAGGCAAUUUUAUUCAAGAUACAGCCAUAAUUAAAGUCAUUAAACCCAGUUGAACACAUAUAGAUAGUGUUGAAUUUUUUGAGGCAUAAAAUCAUCAUUGAUGUAUUUCUAUAAAAACCUCUGCAGCCACAAUGUAAUGGAGGUAAAUGUUUGUUAAUGCUACUCAAAAACAAUGAAAAUUGUGAUUUCAA